AUGGUCGCACCGAUUUUUCUUCGUGUUUUUCAAUAUUUUGGCUUCAUAGCAUCUGAAAUCUUUAACAUGUUUUUAAUUUGGUUGAUAUUAACAAAAAUCAACAGAAAGAUUGGAUCGUAUAAAAAUGUGAUGUUAUUAUUCGCAAUUUAUUCGAUGAUUUAUGCAGUUAUCGAAAUUUGUGCUCAACCAGUGAUGCAUUCAAAAGGAACUAUUUUUAUUCUGUUUGUUGAUGGUUUUUUCAAAGAUUACAUGAACUUUGGGAUUUUUCUCUGCUGUAAGUCUAGAAGAAUAUGUAUACAAUUAAUGGGAAUGUUGUUUUCAGGUUUAUACAUCGGCACAUUUGGUCUUUGUAUUUCCCUCCUCGCUUGUCAUUUUGUCUAUCGUUUUCUGGCAGUCUGCCAUCCAUCUGCUCUAACUUAUCUCGAAGGACCAAAACUUAUCUUGUUGUUCAUUCCAAGUUUUAUUCUUGCUUGCACAUGGUCUAUAUCUGGUUAUAUAUUUGCAUAUCCUACGGAUCUCAAGUCAAGUUUAUUGAAGUAAUUAUUUGAUAAUUUCAAUUUCAAAAAACGUGAUAUUUUUCAGUGAAUCAAUUUCUGAGAACUACGGUGUCAAUUUGUUUGAAACUCCACAUCUAUCACUUCUUUACUAUGUUUGUUGAAAUCUGAAAUUAUGUUUUCAAAAUUAAAUUUUUUUGUUUCAGCUCAUCGAUGAACAUGGAGGUAUUGAAAUCUAUCCAGACUGUGCUCUGUUUCUCGUAGCUCAAUCAAUUAUGUCCACUUGUUUGAUCACAAUGGUUUUCUGUGGCAUAAAAUGUCAUAAAGCUCUUCAAGGCGUUUCAAAUAUGAGCAAACGGACAAAAAACCUCAAUAAACAACUUCUCCUAACUCUUGUGGUUCAAACUCUCGUUCCACUUUGCACAAUGUUCACACCAGUUGGAAUUUUAUUCUUUCUUCCUAUUUUUUCGAUUGAUCUUGGAACUUGGGCAAAUGCUCCAGGAAUAUUUGCUGGAUUGUAUCCAGCUUUGGAUGCUCUCAUUGUGAUAUUUAUGAUUCGAGAUUUUAGAAACGUGAUUUUAUGUGAGUUCUUGAAAUGAACCAUAAAUGAAUUAUUGAAUAUUUUCAGGCAAUUCUCGAAAAAGAAAAAUCAACAUCUCAUCGAGUGACGGUAGAUCUCAAAACACCAGUUUCCAAUAA